UGGCGGAGGUGACGAGCCGGAAGCUGACCGCCGGUCAUGUCGGCCUCCCUGUUGCGGCGGGGCCUGGAGCUGCUGGAGGUGCCGGGCCGGGGAAAGGCGCCGCCGCCGGGGCUCCAGCGCGGGAGGAAUGGCCUCAAGGCGGCGGGUGCUGCCGGGCGGAGGAAGAGGGCGCCGGAGCCCGGCAGGAACGGGGCUACAGUCAAGGGCAGAGUCGUGAAGUCGGCAAUAGAGGAGUAUCAUAAGAAGAAGGCUGUCAAUCACUUGAGAGAAAAUCUGCAGUACAUGUUGAAAGGACGACUUGUUGCAAACAGAGCAGUCACGGAAAAAGUUCUUGCUCAGAACAGAGGCAGGAAGGCCAAAGAUCAGCCUCCAAAGAAGGCAGCAAAGAAGAAGCCUGAGGGCACUGUCUUUACUGAGGAAGACUUCCGUAAAUUUGAGAGGGAAUACUUUGGGAUACCAUAAACAACAUGACAGGGAUUCUCACAGCUCCAGUCUUUCUGUAGCUGAGUGCUUGGCACGCUGGACUGGCCAUUUCCUCUGUGUGUUUGAGAUGAGACAUCAGAGAUGUGCCUCUGUCAGCAAGUGCUUUAAUGUUAGGCUUGCAGAGCAGCUCUGCAUCUGUGCAGAACUUGACACUGGCCAGCUAGAGCUAUGGAGGUUCUCUUGGCUCCGAGAUACGUUGUCUUUAUAAUUAUCUCCCUCCAGCCACCAUGCCUUGCAUUCUUAAUACAGAAGGGUAGACCAAGCCAAAUAUAAGUCUUGUUGCCUUCUUCAGGAUGUAAGGCUUCUGCUACUUGUGUUAUUAGCAAGGACCAUUUAAAGUAUUGCAUCUGAAUAGAGAAGUGUUUUGGACCCACAGUAGGUACCCACAAAGGGAAGGAUGUUAAACCUGAGUAGCCUUGCAGCUUCUGUUCUUAUUACAGCCUCUGUCAGGUUUUUCAGUCAUUGUAAAAUGUUUUUAUAUGUUGUUUGAUUAAAUAAUUGUUGUAGA